UUCCAGCUUCCUCCUAUGCCAUUGGUCAAACGAUCAGCUAGUGCAAAGGGGAAAGAGAAAGUUGGAUCCUCGCUGUCGCUAGACGGCCCAAGCGCUAAGGGCAGCAAAUUUGAAGAUUUGGCGGCAGGAUUUGCGGGGAAAAUGCUGGUUUACAAGAGUGGAGCAGUCAAGUUGAGGCUAGGAGAUAUCCUCUAUGAUGUUUCAGCUGGUUCAAAUUGCAUAUUUGCUGAAGAUGUUGUAACGAUCAAUACUGCAGAAAAGCAAUGUUGUGUUCUUGGAGCGCUCAGAAAACGAGCCGUCGUUAAUCCCGAUAUUAAUUGCCUCGUUAAUUCUGUGAUCGACUUGGGCUAAACACACAGACAAAGGGUGAUGUAGUACAUACUUAAUAUUUGUGGGACCACACAUGAUGUAGACGGUAAAUGCAUGCAUAUUGAGUAGGUAGAUCAUCUGAUCACAUUUUAACAACUCGGUGACAAGUGAAACUUUUCUGCAAUGACAAUAGAUUUAGGUAGAUUAUCCAUUGAUGUAGUUUUUCUAGUAACGAAAUGUAAGAUUAUUGCUUCAUUUGCUUGGCAGGAUAA